GCAUCUCAUAUCAACCUCGAAGCGUCCACCAACCUAUACAUCACCCUGCUCGAACCGCUCGAUGCCUCUUAGAAUGAGAAUCCUGCACCAUGGAGAGCAUGCCAUCACUGUGUUCUAAUGGCUACAAGUAGCGUGGAUGUGCCAGGAGGAGCAGCGCACAUCAAUGAUAUCGAGCAAGAUGUUGCAAGGCGCGGACGCGCAAGAGUCUCUCGAGCGUGCACGAGAUGUCGCACAAGAAAAGACCGGUGCGACGGUGGACAACCUCAAUGCUCCAAUUGCCUGACUGCCGGGCAGCCAUGCCUAUAUCUCACAGCGCACAAAAAAAGAGGCCUACCCGAGGGAUAUGUGCGAGGGAUGGAAAAGCUGUGGGCGGUUAUGGUGAGACAAAUCCCCGGGUUAGACGAUGCUGUUCGUAAGGUUGUGUCCGAGAAUGAGGAGGAGCUCUCACGGAUAUGGAAUCAUCACAAGCACGGGGACGAUCUCCAUACGAUUUGGAAGGAAUCAAGCGUGCUGUCGGAGCUGGAAAGGUUGCUUUCGCGGCUCGAGCAGUCAACAACGCCGGACCACAAGAGAAAACGAGACAGAGAGAGCGAUCAAGGAGCAGUCAAUCCUCCGUCAGACGACGCGACUAACUUCAAUGCCACAGUCUGUACGCCUGGAUUUCGGAUUACAGAGAUCACAGAUAAUCUCAUACCUACCGACUUCUACAUGGUAGGAUCAACGCCGGACCACGGAGCACAGCUCCCAUCCCAGUUCUUGCCAUCUAGGUCAGAAGCGAACUUGUUGGAAUUUCCGUACUUGGCGUCCAGCUUGUUGAGUCACUAUUUUACCUUCACUCAUUGUUGGUUUCCCAUCCUCGAUAGACCUCAUACCCUCAAAAAGUUUUACGAGCACACAAGGUCGCAAAAUCGCAUCCAUUCAGAGAGCCCUGAUCUUGCCUACUUGUGGGCCAUCUUUGCCUAUGUCACACAACAACGCAUCUCUCAGUCUGCCCCAGAUCUGGACGGCGCUCCGACCGUCCACAGUAUGCGGGCCAUGGCCCGACGAUGCAUUCCAGCCAAUGAUGGCCCUUUCUCUCUUGGCCAUGUCCAAGCCAUCCUCAUACUCGUUUUGCUUGACAUAGGCUUGGGGAAAUGGACCUCUGCCUGGAUGGCAGUAGGCCUCGCAAUAAGAGGCUUGCUCGAGAUCAUCGAUCUGAGUCAUGACCUGCGUACACGCGGGAUCGCCUCGAAGGAUCUUGAAAAGACCUGGACAGGCACGUUACAAGGCUGCUUCAUUCUGGAAACGCUCAUUUCCAUGCGCCUCAGGCGGCCACAACAUUUGCAAAGAGAACUUCUGGAGCGGGUACAGCUUCUGGAGGAAGAUGGGCUGGAAGAAUGGGAGCCAUGGAAUGCUGUUGGCACCGAGAUGGCCGAUCACCGAGAGCCUGCAUUCAUCAGGAGCUGCUUUAAUCGACUGACUCAAGUCUUUAUGGUUGCGAACGAUUCAACAAGGGGUAAACAUGAUCAAAGUGAGACUUUUAGAGUCCAGGAUAGUCUGUGCGAUCUGCAGCGCCUGGCAGAUACGUAUCCUUUCAAGGUCAUGGAAAUUGGGUCACGGCCAACUCAUCAGCUACUGUUACAGGCGUCUCAUUUCGUGAUAGCUAGUGGCUGUUCUUCCCCCGAAUUGUCAGCGGUACACGGAUCGAUGUUUCUGCAGACUCUGGAAAGCUUCGGGCAGAGUUGGAGCCAUGACAAAACUCCGUCCAUGUUGGCAGGCCUGUUCCGUUUACUGAACUCCGACACGUCUCCAAUCUCUCCACGACAAGAGCAUAUCAUUGCCAGACUGUCAGUCACAUGGCCAGGCUUCAAGCCAUAUCAAAUCUCUCCAUGGUCAGGUCCGGAGCCGCCCAUGUCGAUGACCUUUCCAGGCCAAUCGAGCAUAUCCCCAUUACGCAGCGAUACGUCUGACUUCCACGUCUCCCUGCCGUCAUCCUUUACAAAGACGAACACACUGCCCGUUGCUGAUCCACUGUUUACGUUCACCGGGAUGCCACGCCCGUCAAUCACAGCAGACGUGGAAGGUGGCGGCGUUACUGGCUAUCACGAUUUCUACGGAGUGCAGUCAUCACAACAGCUUCAGGAUGCUACUCUUGAUUACCCGGUAACAGAUAUCGACCAGCCUCCACAGCAAGCUUUACCUGGCCUGAGUAUUAGUUCGGGCAAACCACCCGGCACUAAUGUUAGACCCUCGACAUCUUCGAGCUUCGAAGGCGAUGAGAUAGAUGCGUUGUUUCACGAGAUGGCUCAACUUGAUACAAACGAAUGGUGCAUUGGUAGGGCGCAAGGCCUUAAAGACUUUGGAUUCAUGGAUGGUUCGACCUUCGAGGCAUUUUGCAACGAUCCGAACCGAGUCUGGCUGUCCGAGGGAUUGUCGGACGCGGCUCCGCAUUUGAAUCAAUUGCCUUACGAGACUCAGGCUUCGUCGUUAAUGGGACGCAACCCUGCAAUCACUGGUCACUUAUCUCAAGCCGACAAUUUUGGUUUUGAUCACACCAUAUGACUCCGUCAAAAUUCGCUCGAUGCCAUCGAACAGGAAAGUUGAGACGCUUGUCAACAUGCCUGAGUUGCAUGCGCAUCAUGAUGUCACUGCUAUCAUUACUGAUAGAACGGCGAGGUCGUUCUGUACGGGCUCGCGGCAAGCCUAAUGUAAGACCACCAAACUUGCCUUUGGCCAAUAUCGACUCCGGGCCUCGUUUCCAACUGCAUGGAAACCCUGCUGUACCAGUGUUGUUGCUUCCUACAAAGAAGCCUCGCCUGUGCUCCGGAACAACAUUGUCUGUCAGACUGUCAAGCUGCCACUGGAGUAAUCUUCGCUUUUGAAUGUGGAUCGAGAUGCUCCGGCAAGAAGCAGUCGCGCCACUCCAACUCUUUUGGGCUACGAAAACCCGAUUAGUAUCCGUUCGGUCUAGGCUGUUGCUGCAUUGCCUACCUUGAAGUGUAAAUCUCGACCUUGAAUUCUCGGUAGACAUGCGCAAAAGUCAGUUAUAGUUCUGCCCAUGCGAGACUUCGAGGAUUAUCAGCCACAAUCUAGGUUGAAAGGCAGAGGACAAUGCUUACUUCAGACCAUGACAGCUGCGAGGACCUCGAGAAAAGGUGACGAGCCAUCUCUCGAGCUUCCUGCCAUCCGCACCCAACCAGCACUCAGGUCGAAAUUCGUCUGGAUGUUCGAAGAUAUCGGCAUUGCGGUGCGCAAAGUGGCUGCUCAUUUCUGCAGUAGCCUGGAAGAAAUCCUCAAUAGCCAAGACACAGAUUCGAGGAUGAAUACGACCAGCUUACAUUACAGGAAUGAGUUUUCGGUCUAUCGUCGCGCCAGACUCUGGACAUGUCUGGGAAGGGGUCAUGCCACGCCUGGACCCAUUCUGAGCGACUCUUUGAUUACUGUCGUCUGGUUAUGGAGUCAGCGUUCUCCAACGAUCCGGCAUGAACAGCUUGCCAGGUACGGUAGCUUUUCAAGUGCUGCUAAAGCGGUUGGUUGUUUCAGGUCUGGCCUUGCUUCAUGAAGCUCCUCGGUGAGCUUCUU